GGCGUUGCGGCGACCGCUCACGACAGUUGUGCUUGGAACGCUUCGGAGUGAAGAUCGUGCUCGUCCGAUCGGUGCGCGUGAUAAAUACACGUCGAAAAAAAAUUAAAUCAAGAGUUCCCCCCAAAACAAUUGACAAGACACGUUAAAUAAACACAAGUGAAAAAGCAACUGCUUCAGACUUAAAAAGAAAUUGUUUUUUUCAAAUCUCGCACGUAAAUUAGCAAGCGUUCGCAAGAAACAAGCCGCCGUCGAACAUACAACACAAAAAAAAAAAGAUAUUUAACAAAAAAAACCAAAAAUUGGCUGCAAAUGUGAAGAGACGGAGAGACAGCGGAUAUACCGAGUGAAAUUUGUGUCAUAAGCAAAGCCAAAACAAAAUAAAACCAAAAAGCCAAACAAAAUAAGAGGCCGUGUAGUGAAUGUGAAACUGUAAAGUGAUGUUUGGUAAUCGAAAAACAGCAUAAAGAAUGGCCAUAGACCUCCUGAUCCUGGCCCUGCUGCUCGUCUCGUUCCUGAUCAACCUGCUGGCGCUGUGUGCCUUUUGGAUAACGCCGGGACUAAGGACCACCGCCAAUCGGUUCACGAUCAAUCUGCUGGCCAUCAAUCUAAUUGGCUGCUGCAUCUUGGCGCCCACUCUAUUUUUGGGACUGCCUGGCAAGUCUUCAGAGGCCUCCUCACCAGCGGAAACCCUGCAGUUUGUCUCGAAGCCGGGCAACCACCAGGUCAUACUCCGGCGAAAUGGUCAGUUGGUGGAGCAAGAUGGCGUGGUGGUGCACAGGAAUACAAGCGAGAACGGCGAUACACUGGAGACCUUCUUCAAGUGCAAUGCCACCUAUUGCCGCGAGUUGACCAUCGACGAGCGCGGAGAUGGUGGCUUUGUCAUCACGGAGACGGAGACCCACGAGGAGAACCUCUCGGCCUUUGAGAGUCCACCCACGGCAGCUCCCAAUCUGCCACCAGUCCAACUGAGAUGUUGGUCCAUAGACAUGACUGCUGCCCUGGGAGCUCUAGCUGUCCUACUGGUUGUGGGAGAUACCUGGUGUGCCGUCACAGAUCCCCUGCGUUAUCACAGUCGUAUUUCGGGGGUCAAGACCUGGAUCUUCAUAGCCCUCACCUGGGUGGUGGGCAUUCUGUUCGGAGCCCUUUCCGCAUUCCGCGUUCUGGACUUUGAGGCAGACACCUUGUUCAGCCGGCAACGUCGCCUUGCAGUCACGUACUUCAACAUCAGCAGCACAAACAGUAUUUUCGGAGUGAUAUACGCCAGUGUCUACUUCAUCGUGAUCAUACUACUGCCCUUCGGCUUCGUGUGCGGAAUGUACUGGAGGAUUUUCAGCGAGGCCCGCGGAAAUGGGCUGCGCAUGCGCCAGAAUGGAUCUUCGCCGCUGCUGCAGAGCGCCUUGAACUUAACAGCUGGCCAGCAAGCGGCUCAGGCCAAUCAGUUCUCCAACAGCUUGUGUGUUCACCGGCAUUCCAUAUCCUCGGCCAGUUCGCAUGGCGGAAACAGCAGCUUGGGCAUGGGCCUGGGCGGCCUCCAGAUGCAAAUUGAUCAGCGCCAACAGCCGAGAAGUUCGCCCAGUUGCCUGCGCAGGGAUUCGGCGGCCAAGGUCCUUUUGCCCACCAUAUCCGAUGAUGGUGGCUCAGAUGCGGAAAGUGCCACGGGCGUUCCACUAAUGCCCGUGCAAGAGCACACGCUGUCCGACAGGAAUCAGAAUAUCAUGUUGACCCUGCAGACGGCCAGUGGAGAGAUCAAGAGGAACUAUUCCGCCCGGCAGUUGCCACUAUUGGGCACUUCCUCGCAGGAUCUGAGGGAGUCUGAUCGCCUGGUCGGCAUUCGACAGGUGCACAGUUCCCCGAAUCUGCACAAAUACACGGAACUGCGGCAGGAUUCUCUGAGCGAGGAGUGCGGCUCACCGCACCUUUUGGGUCAUGCCCAAAGGCAACAGCAGCAGCAGUCGCAGCAGUUGCACCUGCAUCACCAGCAGCAGCAACACCUCCACCAGCAACAUCACCCGCACUUCAGUUCGCCGCGCCAUCAGCAGCACGGCCACGCCCUCCAAAUACCCGCCAUCCACGCCUCCCCCAAGGCUCUCAGCUACAUGAGCUCCCUGCGACAUCGCCUGAGUAAUGCCAGUUCGCUUUUUAAAUACCGCGAGGAGUCGCGAGCCGCUCGGAUUAGCAUCCUGGUGGUGGUGAUGUUUGUGGUCUCCUAUCUGCCCUUCGGCCUUCUGGUACUCCUGCAGUCGCGGCUCUCGGCUGCCAACUUUGGUGGAUCCUCGCAGUUGGCUAUCUUCAUGAUCCUGCUGGCCAACCUCAGUUCGCCGUUCAUCUUCGCCUACAGAAACAAAAGGGUGAGGCGCGGAGUCAAGCGCUUGUUCGGCCUGGAAUCGUCGACGGGCUUGCAGCGCCACUGCAGCAGCAGUGUGAAGACCAAUGGCACCACAGGUCCUGCUGCAGGAGGUGCCCAGUUGCAGCGCAACAGCAGCAAGUUGUCGCAGUACAGCAGCAACAGUUGCAGGUACCUGACGCCACAGAGUUCGCUGGUGGGUCAAGUUCCAGUGCAUACGACCUUGACUCUGAGGCCCAACAGCAGCUGCAGCACCAUCAUUAACUUUGGUGGAGCCAGGGGUUCGGCGGAUUCCGAGGAGCCACCACCGUCGACACCACCGCCAACUACUACGGUGGCUGCCCCACCUCGUCCUCAACGCCCCAAAUUGCAGAGGGGCAUCACCAUAGUGGAGCAUAUAGCCAUAACCCCCACGACUCCUCAAAAGUUUCAGAAUCGGCGGGCCAGAAUCUUCGACAUGUUCUUCCGCAGCUCCAAGAAACUGCAGUCGGGGUGCCAGAGCCAGAGUUUGCCCACAGAGGUCUAAAUAAGGGGGUUAUUAACUAUAUAUUUUAGAAAGUAAACAAACACUAAACUCGCUUGCUGAAGAAUUCUAAAAACAGUAUUCGUAAUUUGUAAGUUUAGCAAUUAGCAAAGACAACUGUUUGAAUUUGAGUUUUAAGACCAGAUCAUGCUGUCCUAGAAGCUUCUCAUGCCAAAAAAAAACACACACACAAAGAAAGUCAAACUAACAAGUUUGAGAUGCUUUAACAUAACACAAAAAAGAAAAAAAUAACAAAGUACCUUUAAAACAAAUAGAGAACUGUGUACAAGUCAAAUUAACAAAGAAUGAGGAACAGGAGUUAUAUUCUUAGGGUGGAUAUCAAACUGAAAAGUGGAACCAAGCCAAGCCAAGUCGAGAACGUAAUCAAUGUACCUAAGCAACAAGCAUAUGAACAUUUAAUGUUUUUACUCAAGUGAAACCACAAAUAGCAAAGACAGCGCACAGUUAUUUUGAGCUCCCGCACUAAUUAAUUAUUUAUUGUAACGAUUGUACAUAUUUAUUAGACAUCCACACCGCAAAGCUUUAACUCCAAAAAAACAUUCUGGCUAAACAAGAAGAGACGCAUACAUUCAAUUCAUAAGUUAAUUAAGUCAAUGUGCAAAGCAUAUGUGUAUUGUAGAGCUUAAGUUGUAGAACCGAGCACCUAGUGCCGAGCAGUGCUUUUCUUAAGCUGGCCAACUGGAGCUGCUUUUGCAGGCGGCAUUUUCAUAUUGAAAAUGCCUUUUAGCCAGUGCAAAGGUGGUGGCCAGUUGGCCAGAUUGUCAGUCAGCAGCAGUUAGUUAGCCCUUGGUUAGCCAACAGCUAUCGAGCCAUUAAGUCAAUUUGCUUUUCUAGAACUCCGCGGGCAUUGCGUGCAGCUAAAUACCUCAUUAGAUUUAAUUUAAAGUGCGAGAUGGGCUGCGGCAAUGGGUCAAAGGUCAGAGCCAAUCGACUCGGCCCAUGAAUAAUGCAUGGGAAAAUGCUCGAGUGGCCCUGGCAUUUGUCUCUUUUCAGUCCGCUCCAGGCCAAAAAGCUUUAUACUUUAAGUUCUCCUGCUUUGAUUUCCCUCGGCUGCACACAAGACCCAGUAGCAACACACACACACACAACACUAAACAACCUCGAAUUUAUAUUUCUAAAGUUUAUAUUUUAUAAAGAGUGUGCAUAGGAAAUAUCUAUAAAUAUUUAUGCAUGUGUGUCGGACAAAGAAAAUAUUUCAAAACCAAUUAUUGUGAUGUUGAGCAAGGGGGCAACCAAGAAUGUAAUUUCGAAUGGCAUUAAAAAAAACUUAAAACAUGUAUUAAUAGUUAUACUAUAUACAAGCUUAUGUGUGUAUACAUACCUUUACUAAAUAGUGAUAUUUUUUCAAAUUUAUUCAACUGUCAUUCGCUAAACCAUUCGAUGUAAGAGCAAAGCAAAUGUAAAACAAAAACAAAGUUCAAUGUGACAAAUUAGCUUUUAAUCCGAAAAGAAAAUGAAAGCCCAUGCAAAAUGCAGAAAACACGAAAAAUUAACAGCAACAAUUGGUGGCUAUUGCAAGUCUAAUCCGGUAUUUUCCAGCCAAGCUGCUAAUAAAUUGAAAAAAUGAAACACAACCAAUCCAUACCAAACCACAAAAAGAGCAAGAAACUAUUCAAAUAAAAGAUUAUGUGUCUUAAAAGAAUUAA